CACUGCGCAUGUACCUUUAUGUUUUGAUUCUGUCAACUGAUGUUCUGAUAGCUAGCUAGCUAUGUUAAGCUUUGCAAGUAAAAUCACAGACACACAAUUAGCAUUAUAACAUUUGCCCUUGACCAGCUACUAGUAUUUCAUCAGAUUCGUUUGCUAUUCAACCCGUGGAAGCUAACACAGCGCUGAUGAUGUAAGGAGAGCUGUUUAGCAACUCAAGGAUGGAGGGUCAAGAGUCAUCCUGUUCCUCAGCUACACCAGAGAGAAGCUCCAACACUCCAGAACCAGUCAGGUCCUCGACCUCCAAACACAGGAAGUCACCUAAGAGACGACGGGAGGAGAAGAGGUCCCAAUGCCACCAUCAGGAUGACCAGGAACACCUGUUGCUGCCCGAUGGCGAACAAAUCAGGUUGCCGGGCCAACACGAACACUCCGAGCCCUCUGGGUCUUCGACGGCAGAGAUGGCAGAGACCUCCCCUAAGAGGAGAGCUCACUUUCUCCAUGGACCAUAUCCUGCUACUCACUUUGGACCCAAAGCCUGUAUUCUUCCUAACCCAACCUCCGUCAUGCACAUCCAGGAUCCGGCCAGUCAGCGCCUGACGUGGAACAAACCACCUGUCAACGUUUUGGUCAUCAGGAAGAUACGAGACGAGAGCCUGGUAGAACCAUUCAAAGAACUCUGCCACUUCCUCGUUGAGGAGAAGGGUAUGCUGGUGUUUGUGGAGAGGAGGGUGGUGGCUGACGUCUCCCUGACUACGGACGAGACCUUCGCCACAAUCCGAAAACAACUCUGUACCUUUAGAGAAGGUUAUGAUGACAUCUCUCACUGUAUUGACCUCAUCAUCUGUCUGGGAGGAGACGGGACUCUACUCUACGCCUCCUCUCUCUUCCAGGGCAGUGUUCCUCCAGUUAUGGCGUUCCAUCUGGGUUCUCUGGGUUUUCUGACACCGUUUAAGUUUGAAUCAUACAAGACAGAGGUGGCUAAAGUUUUUGAAGGUAAUGCAGCCAUCACACUGCGUAGUCGUCUGAAGGUGAAGGUGGUGAAGGACAUGCUCCAGAGGACAGGACAGCCAGGCCAGCAGCAGUACCAGGGGUCUGGGGGCCAAGGCCAAGCUGGGGGCCAGCCGGACACAGAGCACAAUGGCCUGCUGCCCCAUGGACACGCCAACAGCGAGGCUGGGAACAUUACCCUACAGAUGCAGGUUCUGAAUGAGGUGGUGGUGGACCGAGGCCCUUCCUCCUACCUGUCUAAUGUUGACCUGUACCUAGAUGGACGCCUCAUCACCUCUGUACAGGGAGACGGUGUGAUCGUGUCGACCCCUACAGGCAGUACAGCGUAUGCAGCAGCAGCGGGAGCCUCAAUGAUCCAUCCUAAUGUCCCGGCCAUCAUGGUCACACCGAUCUGCCCACACUCCCUCUCCUUCAGACCCAUAGUGGUACCUGCUGGGGUCGAGCUGAUGAUCACCCUCUCCCCUGAUGCCAGAAACACUUGCUGGGUGUCGUUCGAUGGCAGGAAGAGACAGGAGAUCAGCCAUGGAGACUGUAUAAAGAUCACUACGUCGUGCUAUCCGGUACCAUCCAUCUGUUGUCAUGAUCUGGUGUAUGACUGGUUUGAGAGCCUGGCUCAGUGUCUGCACUGGAACGUCAGAAAGAAACAAGCUCGUCUGGCUGAUGAUGUGUCUGACUCCUCAGAUACAGAGAACUGAACACACACAGACAGACAGACAGACAGACACAAAUGUGCACAGGAAUUGAAAACACACAAGCACAUAAGAAUAUAUAAAGUUGAAGUCGGAAGUUUACAUACACGUUGGAGUCAUUAAAACCAGUUUUUCAACCACUCCACACCACUAGUUUGGCAAGUCGGUUAGGACAUCUACUUUGUACAGGACACAAGUCAUUUUUCCAACAAUUGUUUACAGAUUAUUUCACGUAUAAUUCAUUGUUUCACAAUUCCAGUGGGUCAGAAGUUUACAUACACUAAGUUGACUGUGCCUUUAAACAGCUUGGAAAAUUCCAGAAAAUGAUGUCAUGGCUUUAGAAGCUUCUGAUAGGCUAAUUGACAUCAUUUGAGUCAAUUGGAGGUGUACCUGUGGAUGUAUUUCAAGGCCUACCUUCACACUCAGUGCCUCUUUGCUUGACAUCAUGGGAAAAUCAAAAGAAAUCAGCCAAGACCUCAGAAAAAGAAUUGUAGACCUCCACAAGUCUGGCUCAUCCUUAGGAGCAAUUUCCAAAUUUCUGAUGGUACCACGUUCAUCUGUACAAACAAUAGUACGCAAGUAUAAACAUCACGGGACCACGCAGCCGUCAUACCGCUCAGGAAAGAGACGCGUUCUGUCUCCUAGAGAUGAACGUACUUUGGUGCGAAAAGUGUAAAUCAUUCCCAGAACAGCAGCAAAGGACCUUGUGAAGAUGUUGGAGGAAACCGUUACAAAAGUAUCUAUAUCCACAGUAAAACCAGUCCUAUAUCAACAUAACCUGAAAGGCCGCUCAGCAAGGAAGAAGCCACUGCUCCAAAACCACCAUAAAAAAGCCAGACUACAGUUUGCAACUGCACUUGGGGACAAAGAUUAUACUUUUGUGGAGAAAUGUCCUCUGGUCUGAUGAAACAAAAAUUGAACUGUUUGGCCAUAAUGACCAUCGUUAUGUCUGGAGGAAAAAGGGGGAGGCUUGUUAGCCGAAGUUCAUCAUCGCAACCAUGAAGCACAGGGGUGGCAGCAUCAUGUCGUGGGGGUGCUUUGCUGCAGGAGGGACUAGUGCACUUCACAAAAUAGAUGGCAUCAUGAGGAAAGAAAAUGAUGUGGAUAUAUUGAAGCAACAUCUCAAGACAUCAGUUAAAGCUUGGUCGCAAAUGGGUCUUCCAAAUGGACAAUGACCCCAAGCAUACUUCCAAAGUUGUGGCAAAAAGGCUUAAGGACAACAAAGUCAAGGUAUUGGAGUGGCCAUCACAAAGCCCUGACCUCAAUCCUAUAGAAAAUUUGUGGGCAGAACUGAAAAGGCGUGUGUGUGCAAGGAGGCCUACAAACCUGGCUCAGUUACACCAGCUCUGUCAGGAGGAAUGGGACAAAAUUAACCCAACUUAUUGUGGAAGGCUACCCGAAACGUUUGACCCAAGUUAAACAAUUUAAAGGCAAUGCUACCAAAUACUAAUCGAAUGUAUGUAAACUUCUGACCCACUGGGAAUGUGAUGAAAGAAAUAAAAGCUGAAAUAAAUCA